AUGAGUUUCGCUAUCGAGGUGCCGGGCGAGACCGUGCCCUUGAACUUUCAGGAUCUUUGCCGGGCGCUCCAGGCUGGGACCUCUACCGACCACAACCAGAGGCAGUCUGCCGGCACUCAGCUCACAGAGUGGGAAGCCCACGAGGACUUCUUCCCGUCCCUUCAGACCGUCUACCUCGACAAGACGCUCCCUCACGAUAUCCGAUUCCUCGCCAUCAUCCUUUUCAAGAAUGGCGUAGACAAGUAUUGGCGCUUUUCCGCGUCAAGGAAUACCAUCAAACGAGAUCGCAAGGCCUUGAUCAGGUCACGACUGUUCCAAGGGACCAUCGACGAGGAGGACAAGCCUCUAGCCGCUCUCAAUACCGUUGCAGCGGCCAAGAUUGUCCGCAUCGACUACCCGCAGGAGUGGCCCGAUGCCCUCAGUACCAUCAUUGAGCUUCUCCGGGCCUCGAGGUCCAGCAACCCCGCCCAUCUCUACGGCGCGCUCCUGAUCCUGCUCCGCGUGGUCAAGGAGCUCAGCGCGGCCCGGCUGCGCAGGUCCCAGACUGCGCUGCAGGCCGUCACACCAGAGAUAGUGCAGCUUCUUGGCGAAAUAUACUCGGCAAACACGGCCUCAUGGUUGGAGUUCUUGACAUCCGGCAGAGGAGAUGAGGAUGCUGCCGACUAUGCCAUGCAGAACAGCUUGGCAGCCCUCAAGACACUGAGGCGACUUAUGACGUCGGGUUACGAAUAUCCUCACAACUCCGACCUGGUACGGGAAGUAUGGGGGCUCUCACAGUCACAGUUUGCCCAGUUCCUGGGCUUCAUUAGCCAUGAUUCGAGGAUACCAGCACCGUACCAGGACGUCGUCGGCAAGCACCUGCUCCAGUUCACCAAGCUGCACAUCGAGAUGUGUGAAGGUCACCCUGCGAGCUUCGCCAAUCUGCCAAACAGUCUGCCUCUUGUCCAUGCGUACUGGGAGCUGGUAGUCAACUUUGCCGACGUCUUUGACAAGUCCGGGGGCAUCAGGCAGAGCGCUGGCGACAACCCGGAAGGCAAGUCCAAGCUCGAGGGCCCACUCCUCGAGAGGCUGGCACUGAAGGGAUUGCUCCUCAUCCGAGCUUGCAUAGCUAUGGUCUUCAAGCCUCAGUUCACCUUCAAGUAUCGCAGCCAAGAGGUCAAGAAGGAGCAGGAGCAGGCCUCCCACCUCGUCAAGACGGAACUGCUCACCAACGACUUUGUGCUGCAGGUUGUCAAUGUCAUCAUCACGAAGCUGUUCAUCUUUAGGCAGUCGGAUCUAGAGGCAUGGGAGGAGUCGCCGGAGGAAUGGGAGUCGCAAGAGCGAGAUGCCGGCGAGGCAUGGCAGUGGCAAGUACGCCCCUGCGCCGAGAGGGUGUUCUUGGACCUGCUCAUACACUACAAGGAUAUCUUGGGACCACCGCUGUUGUCCUAUUUCCAGACAGCGAUGCAGUCCGGGUCCGAGAUUGUCCUGAAGGAGGCGGUGUACACAGCCAUGGGCAGCGCGGCAAGCACCAUACACACAUCCUUUGACUUUAGCAGCUUUGUCGAGUCGACUAUUGUCGGAGACGUGCAGCAGCAAGGGCCGCUGGCAAAGGUCCUUCGACGCCGCAUUGCCAUUCUUCUGAGUCAGUGGGUGCCGGUCCAUAUCGAGGACCGCAUUCGUCCCAUCGUGUUCGACAUCUUCCGCCACUUCAUGAGCUCAGAGGAUGCUGCAAACGACGAGGUUGUCAGGAUCACGGCUGCCAGACAGUUCAAAGCCGUGGUAGACGCAUACGAGUUCAGCUCGGACCUCUUCAUGCCCUACGCUUCUGACAUCCUGUCUCGGCUGAUCACCAUCCUUCGCGAGGUAGAGGUUGACGAGACCCGCUUGGCUAUUCUAGAAUCGACGCGAGCUUGCGUCAGUCGCAUGGACAAGAACAUUGCUCAGGUCAGUGAUCAGCUGAUGGCGUCACUGCCUGCCAUGUGGAAUGUCGCUGGAGAGGACAACUACAUGAUCAAACAGUCUGUUCUAGGGCUGCUUUCCAACAUAAUUAUGGCGCUGGGCGCUGACUCGCAGCGCUACCAUCACUCGGUACUCCCUCUCAUCGACCAGGCCUUGGAUACCAGCUCGGCGAUACACCAGUUCCUUUUGGAGGACGCAGUGGACGUGUGGCGGUCUGUUAUGACUAUGGCUCCAACGCCACUCUCUCCCGAGCUGUGCCAGCUGGAACCGCGAAUCCACGCCUUCUGCGAAUAUGACUCGGGCGUUUCCGAAGGUGCGGUCGAGAUCAUCAAGCGGUAUAUCAUGGGUGGACAGCAAAGCGUCAUCGCAGACCUGCGCAUCAUGCUACCUACACUGGCUGCGCUUGUCAAAGCCGUGGAUUCGAAGCAUCGAGAGCAGGUUAGUUCUGCGUCCAAGUGCCUCGAGUACAUGAUCCGCGUGGCACAGGACUAUGGCGGAGUAGAUGGCCUCCGACUCGCAGUCAGCACCCUCCACAGCCUGGGCUUCCUGUCGCGCAUGUUCCAGGAGCUGCACGAGGCCUGGGAGGCCCGCCAGACUACGGGUCCCAAGGCGAGGCCGAGCCGGCUCGACACGAUGAAGAAGACGCAAUACUUCAACAUCUUGGCCCGGAUCGCCUACGGCGACCCGGGCUACUUUGCCGAGGUGCUGGCGUCGAUCGGGGGCGGAGGAGGAGACCUGGCGCAGAUGUGGAAGUGGCUGGUGGACGAGUGGUUCGAGUCGUCGGGCAACAUGGCGGACCUGGAGCCGCAGAAGAUGUCGUGCCUGGCGCUGACGCGCAUGACGGAGCUGCCGGAGCCCGUGCAGUCGCUGACGCAGUCGCGGCUGCAGGACUACCUGACCAUGUGGACGACCAUCGCGGCCGACGUGCACGAGGGCGACCUCGGCGGCCCGGACGCGCUGGUGUGGGUCGACGUCCAGCCGGACGAGUGGGACUCGCCCGCCAGCGCGGCCGAGAAGGAGUUCCUGGCGCGGGACCCCGUGCACCGGGAGGCGACGUUCCCGUUUGUGCAGGCGCGGCUGCAGGCGCUGGUCGAGAGGGCGGGCGGGCAGGCGCGGUUCGCGGAGGAGUGGCUGGUCAAUGUGGACAAGGAGGUCGUUGCCGAGUUUGAGGCGCUGGUGCAGGGCCGGGCGAAGGAGUCGUAG